GAUUUAUGAAGAGUUUGUAUGCAACUUCCCUCUGCAUUUCUCAUUGCUUUUCUUUUUUAACAAGUUUCUUGGAGAAGGGGUCACUGGUUCUCUCUUCUCUCUUCUUAGAUCUCUAAGCUAAGCAUCUACAUGGCUUCUGCAAACAGAUGGCUCAAACCUGAGGUGUAUCCGCUAUUUGCAUCGGUGGGUGUGGCGGUCGGCAUUUGUGCCAUGCAACUUGUCAGGAAUAUCACCACCAACCCUGAUGUCAGGGUAACCAAAGAAAACAGGGCAGCUGGAGUUCUUAACAACUUUGAAGAAGGUGAAAAAUAUGCAGAACAUGGACUGAGGAAAUUUGUGCGCAACAGACAACCUCAGAUUAUGCCCUCCGUUAAUAACUUCUUCUCUGACCCUAAAUAAAAUCCAUUUGCACAAUUCUUCAAAAUUGGAUGAAAGUAAGGCAUAAAGACGAUUGUAUUCUUGACUGCCAAGUUUUUUGAAAUAUAUUCUUCUUGAAUAAUUAAAAUAAUAAGAUUUCAUUCCUUUCCCUUUC